ACGAGAUGGCGCUGAGAGUAAAAAAGUGAUAUCGAUUCUGACCAGCUGUCAAACGUAUACAAAUUCAAUUUUCGGAUAUUUAAUUAAGUUUUUAUCUAAUUGUUAAGUGGAAUUUAAUAAUACCAGUACUAUUUUAGAAUAAUAAAAGUUAUUUCCUAAGCAAAGCAGGAAACUCGGCUGAAAAUGCAUUAUGAACGAGAGGAGUUUUGUGUCGUCAAGACCUGUAUGAAAAAAAAUUGCCAGCUGUUCCCUGUUCCACAUAAAGGCAGUAGUGUUUUCAAACAUUGGAGCCGAUUUGUCCAUCUAAGUGGGUAUCCUGGGCACCGGAUUUGUGAUGCUCAUUUUACGCCAAGUGAUUUUCUCUCUGUCAAACAGAUAAAGUUGAAGAUUACCUCAGUUCCAUCGAUUUUGCCAAAACGAGAAGAAAAAGUAUCAGCUAAAACCGGAUGCUGUGUUGUUGGGUGCAGAACCCGAAAAACGGCAAAGCUUCUGAAAUUUCCAGCAGCACUUUGUGCAAGGCGUAAACGCUGGAACUCAGUGCUCGGACUUCCGAUCGAUGAUACAACCCGUCUCAAAAUAUGUCGCCAACAUUUCACGUCUUCAGAUUUUAUUCAAACAACUAGGCGGUAUUUGAAGCCGAGUGCAGUUCCGACUCGAGGUGUUACGCUUCUAGCUAAGAGAAAGCUGAUAGUGUACUUGAAGGAUUCAACAGAUAGUGAUGUCGACGACCAACCGGUGCCAGAGCAUGGAUAUUGUGUGCCAUACAAUCUACCUCGAAGUAGAGCUAUUUGUUUUGUUCCGAGGUGCACAGCUCGAGCAGGGAAUGGUAUUAAGCUGCACAAAUUUCCUCUACGCAACCGUGAAGCUUUGAAUAAAUGGAUUGGUGCAAUAAAAAGCAAGAAAAGGCCUACCAAGUAUUCCGCUGUUUGCAGCAGGCACUUUAAAGCUCAUGAUUACCUGGCAGGUAUGUACGAUACCUUCACACUGGAGGACCUAAAUUUACAUUCAGGGAAAGGACUACUAUAAGACUGGAAGGAAUGCUUUUUAUACUCAAUUAAGUUGA